CUGGUCGAACGCAGUGUUAAAAGUUUCUUUUAGCUUCCUAGACUGAAAAAUAAUGGAGAGCUCGUUUUAACCUGGCAAUGGCCAUGUGAAGAGAUAAGCCCCUAAGUGAGAAAGCACAAUAGAGAAGCUUUCCCCUUGCGAAAUGCAUCGGCUACAACUCAAAGUCAUGCUCUCCACCCUGCUAAGAUGCCCCUGUUGUUCGCCUUCGCCACCAUCUAGCUUCAAAGCGAAGUCCUUCUCCUCUUCUUUUUCUUCUUAUUCUUCUUCUUCUCCUUCUUCUUCUUCUUUACAGUACUCCCCAUGGUCUGGUCUUCAUAGCUGGAGAGAGAGUUCUCUCAACGAGAAUCGGGUUUGGGGAUCCAGUGGUCCGGAACCCCAACCAAUCGAGAUCAAUGAAGGUCCAAUGGCAACGGCUUCUUCUCUAGCAGAGCUCGGAACUCUGGUUCUUUCCACGGCCGAUCCUCUUUCCAAAUCGAAGCUUUCUCAUCAGGCUUACUCGAGGUGGCGUCGCGACACUCUCCCCGUCGGAAUUUCGAAGCCGCCUGCUCGCCCUGCUCGUCCACCCGAGCCAAAACUGGUUUCCCCGAAGGAAAUUCCAGCUCCCAAAAACUCGAAAUUACCUCUUAAUGCUUAUAUGCUCCAUAAUCUUGCCCAUGUGGAGCUAAAUGCGAUUGAUUUGGCGUGGGAUACCGUUGUUCGGUUUUCACCAUACUGUGAUAUUCUUGGGGAGGGUUUCUUUGCUGAUUUUGCUCAUGUUGCUGAUGAUGAGAGCCGUCAUUUUGCAUGGUGCUCACAGAGAUUAGCUGAGCUGGGUUUCAAGUAUGGUGAUAUGCCUGCUCAUAAUUUGCUUUGGAGGGAGUGUGAAAAAUCAUCUGACAAUGUUGCUGCACGUUUGGCUGCAAUUCCUCUUGUCCAGGAGGCUAGAGGGCUUGAUGCUGGGCCACGGCUAGUGCAAAAAUUGAUAGGCUUUGGAGAUUGUAGAACAUCAAACCUUGUGGCCAGGAUUGCCAAUGAGGAGGUUGCACACGUGGCGGUUGGUGUUCAUUGGUUUAUCUUGGUCUGUCAGAAGAUGGACCGUGCCCCGUGCUCCACAUUUAGAGAGCUUUUGAAAGAGUACAAUGUAGAGUUAAAAGGGCCAUUUAAUUAUUCAGCUCGAGACAAAGCUGGAAUUCCUCGUGACUGGUAUGAGGCGUCAUCUACAAAUAAGCAGGAUAAGACUGAGAAGCUUUCUGAGGUAUAUCACAGGCUUGCUUGUGUCAUAUCCAUGGAAAAUGAGAACGCGACUUUGAAUAGGCCUCCUAAAUGAUGUUGGUUUGAAGUACACGUUUAAUCGAGCACAGCCUCCCUCUGCCUCGAAACAUAGGGAUUUCUUCAAUUCACGCAAGGAAGUGUUCAGCCUUCUCAUGCAAUUCCAACAAGAAGGCAACUAGUACAAGUAACGCAGUCCUGAUCUUGUUAAUAGGCUGUAUAGGCAGCGAUCACAUGGUUUCCUGUCUUUUCCAAUGGAAGUCGACUGCGAGAGCCGUUCUAGUUGCUGACCAAAAUUCGUCUCAUCAUCUAAAUUUGCUCGUGUACUCGGGUUGCCUUAACUUAUUUUGUGUAAUGCUUUUUAUAGGAUUUGCUGUGAUAUUUGAGCCUUCUCCAAAAUAUCAAGGUAGGGGAUUCGGAUUGGCAAACAGCUGUGUUAUUUCACUGAAAUUGUAUUAUUUCAACGGAAUAGACGGAAAGGACUUUUCAAAUCUCACGAUGAGAAUACUAUAUCUGCAUGAAAUUUUAUA